GGUACUGAUACCAAGUCUCUUCAUUUUUGUACAGUCUUACAGACUGUCUUUAGUGCUUCCUCAAAUUUUUCCUUUAAAUUUAGAUUCUAUAUUACAUUCUUUAUUUAGAUUAAAAACAGCUGACCAACUUGACAAAUGUAUGUAUAUGGUUUUCUUUUUAAAGAUGUUUUUCAUGUGUAAGCAUAAGAUACUUGUAUUAUGUCUCUAAAGGAUUCUGGAGUAAAGGAAGAUGAACUGCAGGCCAUUCUUAAUUAUCUACUGACUAUGCAUGAGGAUGACAAUCUAAUGGAUGUCCUACAGCUGCUUGUUGCAUUAAUGUCAGAGCAUCCUAACUCUAUGAUUCCUGCUUUUGACCAAAGGAAUGGGUUACGUGCUAUCUAUAAACUUCUGGCAUCAAAAAGUGAAGGUAUCAGAGUACAAGCUCUCAAGGCAAUGGGCUAUUUUUUAAAACAUCUGGCCCCAAAGAGAAAAGCUGAAGUCAUGCUUGGGCAUGGAUUGUUUUCUUUGCUAGCUGAGAGGCUCAUGCUUCAGACAAAUCAAAUCACAAUGACCACAUACAAUGUUCUCUUUGAGAUUCUUAUAGAACAGAUUUGUACUCAGGUGAUACAUAAGCAGCAUCCAGAUCCCGAUUCUUCAGUAAAGAUACAAAACCCUCAGAUAUUAAAAGUAAUUGCGACCCUACUUAGAAAUUCUCCCCAGUGCCCAGAGAGCAUGGAGGUUCGCCGAGCCUUUCUUUCUGACAUGAUUAAACUUUUUAAUAACAGUAGAGAAAACAGGAGGAGCUUGCUACAGUGUUCUGUGUGGCAAGAGUGGAUGCUUUCCCUCUGCUAUUUUAAUCCUAAGAAUUCAGAUGAGCAAAAGAUAACAGAAAUGGUAUUUGCUGUAUUCAGAAUACUACUUUACCAUGCAGUCAAAUAUGAGUGGGGUGGCUGGCGAGUGUGGGUAGACACUUUGUCAAUCACACAUUCAAAGGUCACUUUUGAAAUACACAAAGAAAACCUUGCCAAUAUAUUUAGGGAACAGCAGGGAAAAACUGAUGAAGACAUAGGGUUGUAUUCUUCAGGUCCAGCUCAAGCAGUCAGUGGCAUUGGUGGGAAUGUCGAUGUUUCAGUGGGUUCUCAGCAAUCAGAUACAAAGGAUUCUCCUGCCUCUCCUCAUUUUCCCAGAAACCAUGAUGAAAACUCAAGUAUUGAGAAGGCAGGUUCAAUAGAAUCUGUAUCCAAUAUUGAACUGCAAAUGCCUGAUAUAUGUAAUGAAGAAAGGAAAACUGAGCAAGAAAAUCAGGAGUUACUGGAUGAAGUCACUUUGGAAGCAGCACUGACAAAUGAGACAAAUGAUGCAGGUGAUGUAGAAGCAUCUCCUGGUACAGUAGAACCUGCAGCUGUUUUCUCUGAUUCUUCUAAAACAGCCGGCGAAGUCACAAUAAGCACCAGUGAAGUAACUGCUUCCACAAGUUCUCCUUCAGAAGAAGAUUCUUCAGAGAUGCCUGAAUUAUUGGAAAAGUCUAUAGAAGAAGAUGAUGAUGAUUAUGUAGAACUGAAGGUAGAAGGGAGCCCUGCUGAGCAAGCCAGUCUGCCCACAGAGCUCCAAGACAGUAGUUUGUCACUAGCUGCUUCUGAAGCCAGUGAAAGACCAGGCAUGUGUAGUAAUGGCCAUGAAUUAAUAAUUCAAGAGGAAGUACCUGUUAUUAAAAAGCAAACUGAUAUUGAAAUUCAAGAUUCUAAAGGUUCUGGGUUCCUGACUAUGACAGCAUCAGGAUCUUCAGCCACUGUAUUAGAAACCACUCUUUCUGAAACAACUGUACAAUCAGAUAUUGAUCAGAUACAGGAAGAAGGAAAGAAAACAGCUAACUUUGCUGGAGAGACCAAAUCAGCUAGUGAUUGUCCUAGUAAUGUCUCUGAGGCCCCUGCUACUUCUGAGCAAAAGAUUGCCAAGUUGGAUGUUUCCAGUGUUGCCUCAGAUACUGAGAGACUGGAAUUAAAGGCCAGUGCAAACUCAGAAGUACCUCAACUGCAUCGACAUGUGCUCGAGAUGUCAAGGCAACAGGAGCAGCCAGGGCAAGGAACAGCACCAGAUGCAGUUGCUGGACAGAGGAGGGAUUCCAGAUCUUCUAUUUUUCGUAUUCCUGAGUUCAAGUGGUCUCAAAUGCAUCAGCGUUUGCUCACCGAUCUCUUAUUUUCAAUAGAAACAGAUAUACAGAUGUGGAGAAGCCAUUCAACAAAGACAGUUAUGGACUUCGUGAAUAGCAGUGAUAAUGUCAUCUUUGUACACAACACAAUUCAUCUCAUCUCUCAAGUGAUGGACAAUAUGGUCAUGGCUUGUGGGGGAAUACUGCCACUUCUUUCAGCUGCUACAUCAGCUACACACGAGCUGGAGAAUAUUGAACCUACUCAGGGUCUUUCAAUAGAAGCCUCUGUGACAUUUUUGCAGAGGCUCAUUAGCCUUGUGGAUGUGCUUAUAUUUGCAAGUUCUCUUGGCUUUACUGAAAUUGAAGCUGAAAAAAGCAUGUCAUCUGGAGGAAUUUUGCGACAGUGUCUUCGACUGGGUGAGCUGCUAAAAAUCAUUCGUUGCAAAUUUUACUUUAAUGUUUUUCAGUCAUCCAUACACUAAGUUGAAAAUUGUCUUUCUUCUUUUGGAGAGGAGGUAUGUGUUUGCCAACUUAUAUAUCUACUUUUUAAUGCACUGUGCACACUAGUGGUUACCAAAUUGGGUAAUGGGGAGAACAUAAUUUGAAGAAACUGAGGUGAUUUUGCCUUUC